AGAUACGUUCUAGUCGUUGCUGAAUAAUAUUCAUUAAGUGGCAAGAAACCGUAGUCAACAAGAAGAUUUCUUUGUGAAAUCUUAUUUAUGAUUUUUGGUGGAUCUUUAGCUUUUCUAUAUCUCACUUUAAACGGAGUUUUAUCCAACAGUAAGGAAGGUUAAAACUUUCUUAACAAAUUGCACAAUAUUAAUCGAAAUUGUCAAACUACAAAAAUGGAUGCAACAGAUUUGGACGAUCCAAUGCAAACAUGUCCGUAUGAUGUGUCUCAUCGCAUUCUAAAGAGUCGUAUGCAAUGGCACUUGGUGAGAUGUCGCAAAAAUCAUCCAGAUAAUAAGGACCAAAUGAGAACUUGCCCCUAUGAUGCUGUACAUGUUGUCAACUCCAUAGAAUAUGAGUACCACAUCGCUAAUUGUCCAAAGAGUGGAACUGUUCUUAACUUUAUAUUCUCUUCUGAAGGUCAGCGCUCUGUUGGUUCGGUAUCUCUGGAAAAAUCAAAUAGUGUCUACGUUCCACCGACUGAAGAAAAUUGGGAUACGGAUCCUCCGGUGCCAACAUACAAUCCAUUGCAAAUAGCCAAGAAUAGAAAUGUUUUGCUUUCUGAAAUCGGACUGUCAAAAGCAAAAAAACGGCAAUUUAAGAAUUCAGAAAGACUGCGGAUUCAGGCUUUAGAGGAAAGUGGUAUACAUGUAGAUGAUUUGCCUCAACCUGUGACAGAGGAUCCGGACAAGCCACUCCGUAAACCUCACAACAAGUCGCAAGCGAUGACCCUGGUUUCACGAAAAGGCAAAGAAACUUUGAAUGACCCUGAAGUUCGUUUACGGCUACCCCGCACAAAGUCAGUGGCUAUGUCUGUUUGCUCAAAUAUAGAUCAUGAAGAUGAAAUUUUGGACACGAAAAAGUUUUCCAAUUCCACGAAACUUGCAGAGACCCCGGCUUCUGAUAAAAAUGCAAUACAAAAUUCAUUGGAUACGGGAACAGACAGCGCUACACUUUUUAACUCAAUUUUGAAAGAGGCUGCGAAAAAAGUCGAUCAAAGUUCCCAUGUGAUAAUGAAACACUCCUCGAAACAAAAUAAGCCUGUUUGGGAUGCAGAUCUUAUUGUGCUGAACGGCGAGGAAGUUAAGCCUAUCGAUCCUCGUUUCCUUUUAUCGGAUCUUGCUACAUCCAGUUCUGGUUCUAGUUCUAGUUCAAGCAUUACUGAUGGCAUUGACGGAAACUUUGGUGCCAGUUAUACGAACCUUACUGCGGCUCAAAACGAUAUUGUUUCAUCACCGGACUCCAUUUCAAUUCAGUGCGAUAGUAAACCCGUCCUAAACUCUAAUGGCCUGGCAAAAAAUUAUCCCGUGAACUUUAUUAAUCAUUCCAAUGAUGCUAUCCAGGAAAUUACUUCAAGAUUAGCGACCGUUAAUACUCUGGAACAAAGUCUCGAGAUGGAGAAGGCGAAACUAAAGCAGCAAGUCGACGAAUACUAUUCUUCACGUGGUGCUUCCCGUUUACGUACCAAUAAAAACGACACGUCUACCAAUCCACGGUGUGCAGCUAAUUUUUCCAAGGCGAAUAAAGAUAAAGAAUCUUUCUCGGAAAUUCUCUUCAUCAUGGUCACGAAGAAACAUGGGCAAUCCUGGGAAGCUAGUUCAAGUGUAAAUUUGUCUCAAUAAUCACAAUGGACAAUAUAAUGAAAUAAAUAACGCCAUAUUAUCUGCAAGAAAUAAAGCCGU